AUGUCUCGUUCGCCUUUAUUAUCAAAUGCAGCAAGUCCAGGAAUGUCAAGAAUAUCACAAUCGAGUUUAAAUUCAUCCACGUCAAUGCUACGUUCAAAUCCAAAUACAAAUACAAAUCAAGGUCAAAUUCAAAAUGGUUAUAUGCAAAGUCCGACCAGUGCAUCAUCUACUUCAAGUAGAUUUGGACCAACUGCUCAAAUAGGAUUGACAAGUCCAAUUGGCACUGGCACUGGCACUGGCACUGGCACUGGCACUGGCACUGGCACUACAUCAUCAUAUAUGAACCUAAACGAUUUAUCGUUAUCAUCUAAACAAUCACAAUCUAUCCAUCAGAGAUUCACACAUGAAGAAUUACAAUCACAGAUUAACAGCCAAGAUGGGGAUGAUGAUGAGAUGGAUGAUUUACUUCAUACGUUCACAGCGGCAGAACUGAAGAAUGUAGAUCUUAAUUCAUCGUUGAAUUUAGGAUCAUGGAGAGGAUGGGCGAACGCAUUAACUUUAGCAAUAAUAGCAUUUGCUGUAAUAGGUAUAUUCGCUUUAUAUCCUAUAUUAGAUUUCUUUUUCAGAAAUGAUAAUUCGUUAGGUGCCAAUACAUCAGGAUAUAAUUUAGGUGGUAUCAAUUCAACGGGUCAAUAUCCAUCCAUUCCAAAUAUACCCAAAUUAAUUGACGAUGAUACGCCGAUUGACGUGAUGUCCCGAACUGGAUUCGAUGGUGAAGAAUGGGUUUUGGUCUUUUCAGAUGAAUUUAAUAAAGAUGGUAGAACUUUUUAUCCUGGCGAUGAUCCUUUCUGGACUGGAAUGGAUAUACAUUAUUGGCCUACCAGAGAUUACGAAUGGCUCGAUCCAUCGGCAGUUACAACUAGAGAUGGUCAUUUAGUGAUAACAAUGUCACAACAACCUAUCCAUGAUUUGAAUUUGAAAAGUGGUAUGCUCCAAUCAUGGAAUCAAUUAUGUUUUAAUAAGAACGCAUAUUUCGAAUUCUCAGCAAGUUUACCUGGUGAAAGUCAUAUCGGUGGAUUUUGGCCUGGUAUUUGGACGAUGGGCAAUUUAGGUAGACCCGGAUAUGGUGCGACUACAGAGGGAAUGUGGCCGUAUUCGUACGAUUCAUGUGAUAUAGGUACAUUGGCCAAUCAAACAAAUCCUGAUGGUUUAGGUCCAGAAGCAACUUUAACAACGGGUGAUAACAGUGGUCCAUUAUCGUACUUACCAGGACAAAGAACUUCAGCAUGUACAUGUCCGGGUGAAGACCAUCCUGGACCUAAUCCAGGUGUUGGAAGAGCUUCACCCGAGAUCGAUAUCGUAGAAGCUCAAAUCAGAAUUUCAGCCAGACAUGGUGAAGUUUCACAAUCAAAUCAAGUCGCUCCUUUCGAUGAUCAUUAUCAAUUCAACAAUAAAUCAGGUAUGGUAGAAAUUUAUGAUGAGGAUAUGACAAUGUGGAAUAGUUAUAAAGGUGGUUUCACACAACAAGCUGUGUCCGGUCUUACUCUUCUCCCAGAUAGGAUUUACAGCAAUCAAACCACAGGAGGAAGAAGCAAAGAAUUCGCAGUUUUCGGUAUGGAAUAUAGCGCAUAUCCCGAAGCUAGAGAAAGAGGAUAUAUAGCUUGGGUAACAGAUAAUAAAAGAUCUUGGACAAUGUAUGCGGAUGCAAUAGCUGAAAACCCAAGAACUGAAAUUGGAAGAAGAAUCAUCUCGGAAGAACCUAUGGCUAUGAUUGUCAACCUUCAUGCUUCCGAUGGAUUCCAAGCUGUAGAUUGGGCGAAUAUGGUUUGGCCAAACGAGUUCAGAAUAGAUUAUGUUAGAGUGUAUCAGAGGAAUGAUGGUUCAGGUUCAAUAGGAUGCGAUCCUCCAGAUUACCCAACAAAAGACUACAUCGAAAGACACGCGAACGCUUAUGCCAACGCAAAUCUGACCACUUGGGAUGCAGCAGGCUACACAUUCCCAAAGAACAGACUUAUAGAUACUUGCUGA